UCCCAUCCCUAAGUCUUGUUUUUACUUUUAUGAGCAUUUAAUUGUACCGAUUUAAGUAAAAUAAUUAAUCAAAGAAAUCCUAACUGAUACGUGGGAACAAUGGUGAAUGACUCUGGUCUAUCGACAGUGGACGACUUGGAGCAAAAACUGAAUUCGGCCAAGCAGUCGCUGGUGAUCCUAAAUGAAAACAUUCGCCGCAUUGCUGGUCGCGUCCCCAAGGAUUCCCUGCAGAGAUCGGAAAAAUUCAAAUACACUCAAGAUGGCAAGAAGAACGAGCACAAUGGUGAGCGACCGUUCCCCCGAAAUGCACCACCCGGUGGGGUCUUCAAAGACAAGCGGCGAAUGUACGAAAGCAAGAAUCCGAAUUCCCGUUUCCCAAUCGAAGAGAACGAGGGUCGGCCACCACGGAUUAACUCGCGGGUCAUCCGGGAGAUGCCAACUAAAAAGGAGAUCGUCGAGGCACAGGGCACAGACUCUGAAUCGAGGGCCAGGAAUCGCAGGAUGUUCGGAUCGCUGUUGGGAACCCUACAGAAGUUCUGUCAGGAGGAAUCGCGACUGAAGAGCAAGGAGGAUAAAAAAGCUGAGAUCGAUAGAAAGGUGGAAAAGCAAGAACUGCAGGAAAGAGCGAUGCUGAGGAAACAGCGCGAAACACUAUUCUUAGACAGGAAAAAAAAGCAAUUUGAGAUCCGUAGAUUAGAGUACAAAAUGGCCAGAAUGAAGGACUUCAAGGUCUGGGAAGCAACUAUGUUGAAUGCGAAAAGUAGCAUCCGAACAAAAACGAAACCACAUCUGUUCUUUAGGCCAAAAGUGCAUUCGCCUAAAACGGAAAAACUGUUGAGCAAAAGCAAAAGUGAAGCCGAUGUGUUUAUAGAAUUCAGGCGCGAAGAAUUGGAAGUUGAGCUAAAAAACUUGGAGAACAUGAACUUUGGGAAAAUGGAAGACGAUACUGCAAUAGACGAAAGUUUCUUCGAAGAGCCUGACGACGAAGAGCAGUUGGAUAAGUCUUUAUAAUACGUUAAGUAAAGUAAGCAAAAGUAAUGAUGCUAUUCUAGGAAUAAAGGAUUACAACUAAUGCAAUUUAAUAAAUUAUUUGCCAAAACAA